AUUACUAUUCUCACAAAGGAAAUUAUGACAUCUGAAAAACACAUCAUAUUGAUGAGAAAAGCUACUCCAACUGAUCAAUAUACAAUUGAAUGGAAGAUAUAGAUGUUCAUAAAGAGCUAAAUGAUAUCGAUAAAGCAACUCCAACUCAAGUAAUCAGGUGGCCUUCCCUUCGUCUUCUUUCUGGAAAAAAUAAAGCAUUGUAUUUCGACAUAUGUGUUCCUCUUAACAACGCUGCCAUCAACGGCGACAUUGAAGAAGUUAAGCGCUUUUCAAUGCGAACGAAACAUCAUCAUCCCUCAGUGCUAUGUACAGCGAUUACAAAGGGUUAUGAAACUAUUCUUCAUGUAGCAGCAGAUGCAGGACAAACAAGGUUUGUCCGGGAGAUAGUGAAAUUGAUGAAACCAGAGGAGUUAAUGUUGCAAGACAUUAAUGGGAAUACAGCCUUUUGUUUUGCUGUCAUGAUUGGAAGCUUACAAAUUGUACAGAUUAUGCUGGAAAUGAAUCAAAAUCUACUGACAAUCCGAGGCGGUAAAAAUAUGCUUCCACUAUACUUGGCUGCUUUAUUUGGACAUGAAGAAAUGGCAAAGUUUUUAUACCGUAAAGCUAAACAAUAUCUCACCAAAGAGGACCGCAAGUCAACAUUUAUUGUUAGUGUUCUUAUGGGUCUUUAUGAUUUCGCCUUGACAUUGCUAGAGGAUGAUAAAGAGCUAGCCGCAGCUCGUCAUGUUCAAUUUGGGACUGCCUUGCAUAUGUUGGCUCAAAACCCCUCAGCAUUCGUUUGCAGAAGCACAGGACCAUUGAAGAGACUUAUCAGCUCAUUCUCAGGAAUGAAGUUUACUCAGGAUACUGAUGACUUCACUUCAACUCCAGCACUUAAAUUAGUCCAAAGUCUUUGGAGAGAAACAAUACGACGAGAUGAUGUCGAUGCUUUGGAAUUCAUAAGAAAUCCUUCAAAUUUAUUGUUCGAUGCUAUAAAAUCGGGGAACUUUGCAUUCUUGGCUGAGAUUAUUCGCUCUUAUCCUGACUUGGUCCAUGAAUUAGAUGAAAAUGAUCAAACCAUAUUUCACAUUGCAGUUUUACAUGGUCAUACCAAUAUACUGGAUCUAGUUCAUGAAAUCGGCUUUGCUAAGGAAUUGUUAGCGACUUACCGAGAUAAAGAUGGAAAUAACAUAUUACAUUUAGCAGCAAAAUAUCAACAUCCAAGUUCAGCCAGUACUGUUCCAGAUGCAGCUCUGGAAAUGCAGCGAGAAUUGUUAAAGUUGAAGGAGGUUGAAAAGAUUGCAAAGCCUUCGUUUAAAGAAAUGAGAAAUUCAGAGGGCAAAACACCUCGAGAGUUAUUCACCGUUGAACAUUCAGAACUAUUAAAAGGGGCAAAAGUUUCAACGAAGAAGGCAGCCAGCUCAUGUAUGACUAUUGCAUCACUUGUAACUGUUGUCAUGUUUGCAGCAGCCUUCAGUACUGUAGGUAACAAUGGUGAAAUAGGAAGAUCAAUUAAUAGGAGGAAGAAUUUAUACCACGUUUUUGUGAUCGCAGAUGCAAUCGCAUUAUUUUGCUCUUCUAUCUCAAUGCUGAAUUUUUUGUCCAUCCUUACACUGCAUUGUGCAGAAGAUGAUUUUCUCAAGUCUUUGCCGCUUAAAUUGAUGACCGGACUCUCAGCAUUCUACGUGUCAAUAAUUACAAUGCUGAUAGCAUUUACCUCAGUCUUUUUCUUGACUAACACUUAA